AUGGACCUGAUGUUCACCGAACAGCACCGCAUGGUCAACCGACUUUGCAAUAUGGUCAGCGGAAUGUUCUAUGUCUCCCAGCUUUCCACCACCGAAUCCCUUGACGACAGUGUUAGACAUCGGCAGAAACUCGAUAAACAUGGCCAUAAUCAACUACCAUUCUGGAGCCCCACCGCGUCGGAAACCGACCUUAUCAAGUCCCUUCUCGUCAAGUCCUGUUUUUAUCAUGGCUCUGUGUCAGCGGCUAGGAGUGCUCAACACUCAAGAAUCUUUGCUACACCUGCCCCAGUUAUCGACAAUGAGCGUUUAGAGCUCAAUCUCGCGCCGUUCGAGGAAGACUAUGGUUGUCUGGACUUGCUGUUUGAGUUUGACCAGUUUUCCUACCAGCCAUACGUCCCGCUGCUUCCCAAUCCAAAGACCAGAAGGCCAAAUAAAAGGAUGAUGCGCAAAAGCUGA